AUGGGUAUUAGUUGUUCAAGCCAAUUACAGAAAUCAAAGGAAGUUAAGUAAACCAUUGACUAAUGCAAUGGCUUAGCUUUUGUUAAUGUGCCAUAAAAUAAUAAUAUUAAUGAGUCAAACUACUCUCAAGAAUACGAAUGCCUGCUUUUUGAUUCUUAUUAAUAUAAAUGGCUGAAAGUAAAAUACUAAAUCAGAAUUAUUAAAGAUAAUGAGAUCAUAUACUUUUAUAAUGGAUAAAUAAUUAGAUUGUAAAUUUUUUUUAAAUAUAUAGAAUAAAAACUUGUUUAUCUUUGGAGCCUAAAAUAUUUAAUAAUUUAGAAUAAAUCUAAUUUCUUGAAUGGUUUGGAAGAUAUGGAAAGAAUUAGAAGAAGGUUGAUAAAUGGGCUGCUAAUUGGAAUGGAUAUAUUCUUUAAAAAGUUGGAGGUUAUUACACAGAAAAUGAUUAAAAGGUAGGUUUUUGGAAAGAAAUAGUAGAGAAUUAUUGCAGGUAAAUGUUAACUUUAAAACAUCAACUAGUAAGGUUCUUCUAUUUGAGGAAGGGGAGUACCAUGAUAAUUUAAGAAUAGGCAAGUGGAAAUAUAUUUACUAAAAUAAAAUGAUGUAUUGUCUCAGCAUAUUAUUAGUGGAGGUGGAUCUUUUUAAUUUCGUUAAAAAAAAAUUGGGAAGUGGGUAGAAUUAUGGGAAAACUUUUGUGAUUAUACUUAAGUCAUUUAAAAAGGUGAAUAUAAUAUAAAGGGUAUGAAAGUAGGGUAAUGGGAUUUUUUCUAUUGUAAGUGGGGAGAAUUGGAAUAUAAAUAAAUGUAAAUAUAGUAUAGUAUAUUAUAUCAGGGGUGGAGGAUUAUAUGAUAAAGAAGGAAUUAAGAUUGGCAAGUGGAUAGAGCUGGAUAAAGGGUUUAGGAACAUUAAAUAAGUUACUUGUAAUGGGAAAUAUAAUGUAAAGGGUAUUAAGAUAGGUAGAUGGGAUUUUUAUUAUUGUAAGUGGGGAGAAUUGGAAUAUUAAUAAAUGUAAAUAUAGUAUACUAAUAAUAUGGUAGAGGUGGUGGAUCAUAUAAUAAAGAAGGAAUUAAGAUUGGCAAGUGGAUAGAGUUGGAUGAAGGGUUUUGUGGCGGUCUUUAUUCUAAAUAAGUAGUUUAUAAUGGUGAAUAUAAUAUGGAUGGUAUAAAGAUAGAUGGAUGGGAGAUUAAUUAUGAUGAUGGACACGGAAUAUAUAGAUAAAUGUAAUAAAAGUAAUAAUUUAUUAGUGGUGGAGGAUUAUAUGAUAAAAAGGGAAUUAAGAUUUCAGGAUGGAUUGAAUUGGAUGAAUGUUUUAGCAGUGUUUAAUGUGUCGUUUAUAUUGGAGAAUAUAAUACAAGGGGUAUCAAAAUAGAUAGAUGGGAUAUUAGUUAUGAUAAGAAUGGAGAUGGAAGAUAUAGUUAAAUGUAAAAAUAAUAUAAAAAAAAAAAAAUAUCUUAGGGGAGGAGGAUCGUAUGAUUAUUAGGGGUUUAAGAUUGGUAGAUGGAUAGAGUUGGAUGAAAGGUUUUAUUGUAAAUAAAUUGUGUACAGCGGUGUAUAUAAUCUGAAGGGUACAAAGGUAAGUAGAUGGGAUAUUAACUACUAGAAGAAUAGAGGAGGGAAGCAUAAAUAUAUGUAAAUAUAAUAUAAGUAAAGGAACAUUUUAGUGGUGGAGGAUAAUAUGAUAAAGAUGGAAUUAAGAUAGGUAGAUGGACAGAGUUGGAUGAAGGGUUUUAUUAUAAUAAACAAGUUGUUUAUGAAGGUUAAUACGAUUUGAAGGGUUUAAAGAUAAGUAGAUGGGAUAUUUAUUACAAGAAGAUUGGAAAUGGAAGAUAUAAAAAAAUGUAAAUAAGCUUAGGUAAUAAUUUGUUAGUGGAGGAGGAUCAUAUAACAAAGAUGGAACUAAGGUUGGAAAGUGGGUGGAAUUAUGGGAGAAGUUUUGUAAUGAUGCUUAAGUCACUUUUAAAGGCGUAUAUAAUAAGAAAGGUUUGAAGACAGGUAAAUGGAAUAUAUGUUAAUGUUAUCAAGAUGCAGAGGGAAAGUAUAAAAAAAUGUAAAUAUGAUAUGGUGAUUUUUAGCGGUGGCGGAUCAUAUGAUUAAGAGGAGAAUUAGAAAAAGAUAGGAAGAUGGAUAGAGUUGGAUGAAGGGUUUGCAAGUUAGAAAUAAGUUACUUAUAUUGGAAUAUAUAAUAUGAAAGGUAUAAAGAUUGGUACUUGGGAGGAAAUAGAUAUCAGAAGUAAAGAGAAAUUUGGAGAAGCACAAUAUGAUAAUUGA